GCGCUGGCCUCUGCCCAGUCAGGGCCUGGGGACCCGGUGACACCGCCAAGUGGCACACGCAAUGCUCCCUGUCCCCGCCUUGACUCCUCCCCAGGCUGUCACUUACUCUGAGCGUAGUGGUUCUCAGCUCUGAUAGAAGUGGAAUUACUGGUCAAAGGGCACUCAGAUUUGGGAGAAGUGGCCCCAGAAAUAAAACCUUCAGAUAGCCAAACAGCCGUGGCAAUUGCAGAUUUGGAAUGGAGAGAAAUGGAAGGAGAUGACUGCGGGUUCCAUUAUGGAGAUGGUACAAAUGAGGCUCAGGACAAUGACUUCCCAACAGUGGAGAGAAGCAGGCUUCAGGAAAUGCUGUCCCUGCUGGGACUGGAGGCAUACCAGGUACAGAAGCUCAGCCUCCAGGACUCACUGCAGAUCAGUUUUGACAGCAUGAAGAACUGGGCUCCUCAGGUUCCCAAGGACUUGCCUUGGCAUUUCCUCAGGAAGCUGCAGGCCCUCAAUGCUGAAGCUAGGAAUACCACCAUGGUGCUGGACAUGCCUCCGGAUGUCUGGCCUGUGGAGAAAGAGAGCCAGAUGGAGGAGGAGAUGAUCUAUUGGGACCCAGCUGAGGACAUUGCUGCUGAUGAUAUCUACUCCUUUUCUGAGCUACCCAUGCCUGAUACCCCUGUGAACCCCCUGGACCUUCUCUGUGCCCUUCUGCUGUCUUCAGAUACCUUUCUGCAGCAGGAAGUCCUGUUGAAGAUGUCCCUCUGCCAGUUUGCACUCCCACUUGUGUUGCCUGAUUCAGAAAAUCACUACCAUACCUUUCUGCUAUGGGCCCUGCGGGGUGUUGUGCGGACGUGGUGGUUCCAGCCCCCACGGGGCCUUGGUAGUUUUCGAGAAGACAGUGUGGUCCUAUCCAGGAUGCCCACCUUUGCCUUUGUGCGCAUGGAUGUCAGCAGCAACUCCAAGUCCCAGCUGCUCAAUGCCAUCCUCAGCCCAGGUCGCCGCCAGUGGGACUGCUUCUGGCAUCGGGACCUCAACUUAGGCACCAAUUCACGAGAGAUCGCAGAUGGGUUAGUAGAAAUUUCCUGGUUUUUCCCCAGUGGCAAAGAGGACUUGGAUGUUUUCCCAGAGCCUAUGGCCUUUCUGAACUUGAGAGGUGACAUUGGGUCUCACUGGCUGCAGUUCAAGCUCUUGGCAGAAGUCUCCUCAGCUGUAUUUAUUUUGACUGACAACAUCAGUAAGAAGGAAUAUAAACUACUAUACUCUAUGAAGGAGUCAACCACCAAGUACUACUUCAUCCUGAGUCCCUACCGAGGGAAGCGGAACACAAACCUGCGUUUCCUGAACAAGCUGAUACCUGUGUUGAAGAUAGACCACUCUCAUGUCCUGGUGAAGGUCAGCAGUACUGACAGCGAGAGCUUCGUGAGGAGGAUCCGCGUGAUUAUGGGCGGUGUGGCACGGUCUCCCUGCAGGAGGGUAUCUGUGGAGGACAUGGCACAUGCAGCCCGUAAAUUAGGCCUCAGAGUUGAUGAGGACUGUGAGGAGUGUCAGAAGGCAAAGGACCGGAUGGAGAGGAUCAUCAGGAAGAUCAAGGAUGUGGACACCUACAGGAGAGAUGAGCUGAGGCUGCAGGGGGACCCUGCCAGGAAGGUAGCCCAAGUGGAAAGGGAGUUCUGCCAGCUCCAGUGGGCCUCGGAGCCACCCGAGAAGCACCGGGCUGAGCUGAGACGGCUGGUCCUAGAGCUGCGGAUGCAGCAGAAUGGCCAGGAGCCCACCUCAGGGGUGCAGGAGUUCAUCACAGGGAUUAGCAGUCCCUCCCUGAGUGAGAGGCAGUACUUUCUGAGGUGGAUGGAAUGGGGGUUGGCUCGAGUGGGCCAGCCACGGCUGAGACAGCCUCCAGAGACUCUUCUUACCCUGAGACCAAAACUUGGUGGGGCCUCAGACUUGAGUGAACCACUCUGGCCUGAACCCUUGGGGGUAGAGCACUUCAUGCGGGAGAUGGGGCAGUUCUUUGAGGCAGAGAGCUGCCUGGUAGAGGCAGGGAGGCUGCCUGCUGGCCAGAGGCGCUUUGCCCACUUCCCAGGCCUGGCCAUGGACCUACUGCUGACUGGGCUGCCGCUGGAGCUGGUUGAUGGGUCCACCCUGAGCAUCCCUGUUCGCUGGGUCACAGGGCUUCUCAAGGAGCUGCAUGUCCGCCUAGACAGGAGAUCUCGACUAGUGGUUCUUUCUACCCUGGGAGUCCCAGGCACAGGGAAAUCCACACUUCUUAACACCAUGUUUGGCCUGCAGUUUGCUACAGGCAGGAGCUAUAGUCCCCGGGGGGCCUUCAUGCAGCUCCUGCCUGUGACUGAGGGCUUCAGCCAGGACCUGGGCUGUGACCAGAUACUGGUGAUAGACUCUGGGGGGUUGAUUAGUGGGGCCUUGGCCUCUGCUGGAGACAGGUUUGAACUGGAGGCUUCCUUGGCCACUCUACUUAUGGGGCUAAGCAAUGUCACUGUAGUCAGUUUAGCUGAAACGAAGGACAUUCCACCAGCUAUUCUGCAUGCAUUUCUGAGGUUGGAAAAAACAGGGCACAUGCCCAACUAUCAGUUUGUGUACCAGAAUCUUCAUGAUGUUUCUGUCCCCAGUCCCAAGCCGAGAGACAGGAGGCAGCUCCUGGAUCCGCCCAGUGACCUGAACAGAGCUGCUGCCCAAAUGGAGAAGCAGGGCGGCGGCUUCCGGACACUGGCAGGCCUGGCAGAGAGGCAGCAUGUCUGGCACAUCCCAGCUCUGUGGCAUGGAGCGCCACCCAUGGCUGCUGUGAGCCUGGGUUACAGUGAGGCCAUUUUUGAAUUGAAGAGAUGCCUGCUAGAAAACAUCAGGAAUGGCUUGUCCAACCAAAACAAAAACAUUCAGCAGCUCAUUGAGCUGGUGCGGCGGCUGUGAAUGUUUGAGUGCAAGGCCUCCUGCAGUGGUCUGUUUUGCCGGGCUAGCAAGGCUGUGUCAGGCACCUGAGAGGUGGCUGGUGCUUGCACAUGAAAAGGAAGACCAGUGACAGGAGUUAAGUAGGCCUCCUCACAGUGUAAAGAAGUAACCUCGUAGACCAGCUCAGAGAUGUCAUUGGGAAUAAUAGGAGGCCUUGGGUGGGGUGGUAGAAGCUGUAAGUUGAUCUCUGCUCCUAAGCCAUGUCAGGGUCCUGAGGGUUGGCUCUCUGGAUAGCUGCUCCUUCAUUGGCUCCUUGAAUUAGGGAACAGCUUCCUUAGUCACUGCAGGUGCUGGCAGGGGAGGACACUCAGUACAUGUUGGGGAUUGUCCUGAGGAAACAGAAGAGGCCUUGCUUCCACUUAACCCAGGGGUCCUUUGUGGACCAGCAUUCAAGGUUUUGAUGAUAUGGCAUCAAAGUGAAAGGCACUGCUAUGGCACUGAGUGUGUGAAGCCCUUCCUGACCCUUGCCCAGGAAGCAUUCGUCAGUUACCCUUUUGUGCUCCAGCACUUUGUCAUACUUCUGCCUCAACACUUCAUGGCACUUGUCACUCGUGUGUUUACUGUCUGGCCCUAGACUGUGAGCUGCUUGAAGGGCAGGGCCUAAACACCAUCCAGCUCUGGGUCCCUAGGACCUGGCACACAUAGGCGCUUAAUAAAUGUUUGUUGAAUUAACAAAUGAAUGUGCACAUAGUAGUGUGCAGGUUCUGCCUCUCUGCUUUCAUUGCCCUGUGUGCUCAGAGAGGACAACGGCCUCUACCCAAGGAGAGGUCUGGAAACAUGCAGAAACAUGUGGCCUUCUUGCAGUUGUUCCUGGGAAAUAUCUAAAUACUUUCACAGUAAGUUGGGUACUUCCAUCUUGCCCCAUUUUGUGGAUGACAAAGGGGAGCCCCAGACUGCAGUGCCUGCAGAGGAGAACAUGAGGGAACCAGCUGCACAUUGUAAAGUCUUCCCAGCAUUCAGAAAUCUUUCCCAGCAAACCAGCCAUCAUUUGAGCCAGGUGCAUGGUCAGGGAUCUUGGGCUCUUGCUCUUUGAUCUUCAACUGGAAUCCUUGCCUAGGCUGGCCAGUCCCAAGGCCCACUGUCACGUCACUAAACUUUAGAAUUCUACCCCACCCAUAUCAACAGGCCUAGGAAUGUCUGUGUUGCUGCUGACGCCUUGGGGCCUCCUUCCAUCUGUGCUUGUCUUCAGAGAAGUCAGGCAGUAGCCUGAGUGCCUCCCUGUGCCUUGUCCUUUUGCCAGACUCGGCAAAGGUGUCCUCUGCCCCAGGGUACUCAUCUACACUCUAGUCUGGAGCCUUUUCUUGAACAAAAGGUACUACUAUCCCUCUUCUGCUGGCCUGGCUCCCUGGGGUCCCAGGAUGACUUGGUGCUCACCUGGUGUCAGAGGUCAUGUGCAGCAAGUGGGAGGUGAUCAUGGAACUUUGCAAGCCUGGUAUUUGACAGAUGCAUUUAGGAUAAGGGGCAUCUGAUCCUCAGGCACUAGAAACUUUCAUCUCUCCCUAGAUCAUUAACAUAACAACUUGUAAUGUGUUGGUUCCGUUAGAAAUAACAAAACCAUUCCUUUCCCCUUUAAAAAUUUAAACUUUUCCCACCAGAGCCACAGAAGCUUUCCUGGAGCUUCCCUUGUACUGCAGGAAUUUCACUCAGCCACAACUCUUAGAAUUGCUGUGGAUCAGGAGCCUGUGAGAUAGCUCAGUGGGGAAAAGCAUUGCAUCAAAGCCUGUCUACCUGAGUUUGAGCCCCAGAAGUCCCAAUAAAGGUGGAAGGAGAGAAUUCCCCAGAAUUGUCCUGACUGACACAAAUGGUGCCAUGUCAUACCCCCUCCCUAUCAUACAAUAAUAAAAAUUAGGGUAUUUCUCCUGUGGAGUCCUUCCAGCUCUUGGGAGUUCUUUUUUCACCUUUCCUUAAUUUACAUUUAAAGAAUGAAUAUCAACCAGUAUCCUAAAAUUGGACACAAGGACCAGGCCUCACAAUGGCCUACAACCCCUGCCCCCCAACUGUUGAUGGGGGUGUGUACCUGUAAUGCCAGCACUUGAGAGAAGAAUCCCACAUUCAAGGCCAGUCUGGGUUAUAUAGCAAGACCCUGUCUCCAAGAAAAUACGUGAAUUCUGUCCAUAGUUCAAAAAUAAAAUUAAGUACAAAUUCCUAACAUUUAAGUAUAUGCACAGAGUUUGUAACUUCAGCAUUUUCAAACGGAUACGGGUUUGGGGCCAGUAUGGUGGGGCACAUUUAUAAUCUUAGCAUUUGGGAAGCUGAGGAAGAUUAAGUUAAAGGCCAGCUUGGGCUACAUAGUGAGACCCUAUCUCAACCCUAAACGGAAAACAUAAGUUAGGGAAGUUAUUCUGUAUGAUCUCAGGACCUGAGUAUCAAAACUUGAGAAAACCUAAGAGUAGGAGCAGAUUUAUAAUGAGAGGUGGUGGGGCCUGGCUUGGAAGCAGGACAUUAUGGAGGGAUUCUACUGUUAGGGUGAAGUUGACAAUUGCCACUUGGGUGCAGGAAUCAUCUUGAGCUCAGUGACUCCUGGAAAUCCCUUGGGUGCGUACCUUGCCAUGUGUGAGGGGCUAUGAAAGGGAUUUCAGGGUUGCUCUUAGGAAACGGACUUCAACAGCUGGACCCAGUGUGAUCCCUGUAUUCAAAAGUAUAGCCUGGGUGCAAAAAACAAAAACCUUCCCCACAUUCAAAUUUUUCUAACCCCUCGGACUUGCUGGCAGCCUUGGAGCUCAGAACACCAAGCAUCAGUCUGCCCUUUCAAGCUUUGGAUGUUCAUAGCCAGAGGUCACUCCUGUAUCUUAUCUAAAACAUCUUUAGGGUCUGAGAAGCUAGAGUUUACCACUUUGGCUAUGCACAUUUCCAUCUUGCUCAGUGAUGAGAGCCACUGGAAAAGUGAGGGCAGAGCAGCAGGCCACUCCUUCGGCAAUUUGUGACUGAAAAUGUGAACCAAACAAGUGCCAUCUUGGAGAAAGAAGGUCCAAGAGUUUGAGACAAAAUCUGCUUUUUGUCUGCUUCAGCACACAGGAUACCUGGCCUGGUCUCAAUCUUGCCUCCUAAUAACAUGACCCUUGAGCAAAAGUUACUUGGCAUCUCUAAGCUCAGUAACCCCACCUGAUGAGUGCUUGAAGGUAUGGAGGCAUACUCUGUGCACAGGACAGGGUGCCAAACUCCAUGUUUCAAAUGCCUUAACAUGGUCAAAUCAGGAGUUAUCCUAAAGUCAGUUUAGGGGGAGGACCUUUGCAUGCUAAGCAAGUGCUGAGACAUCCCCUUUUUUCUCUUUUUCCUUUUCCUUUCUUAGUCUUUUCUGCUUCCCUUCCCCUUCCUCUCUUCCUCCUCUCCCCCCCCUUCCCUUCCCUUUUGAUUUUAAUUAGUGUAUGUCUGUGUGUGUUUAUGUGGGAGUGCAGGUGCCAGAGGAACACAGAGGCACCCAAUCCUGGGGCUGGAAUUACAGGGAGCUGCCUGACAGUCCCGAGAACCAAAUUCCAGUCCUCUGCAGGAUCAGUAUGCACUCUUAACCACUGAGCCAACACUCAAGCCCACCUUUGGAUUUUUUUUUCAGACAGGGUCUCACUAUGUAACCCAGGCUGGCCUCAAAUACUAUGUAGCCCAUGCUGGCUUCAAACUUGAGCUACCUUCCAGAGUGCUAUGAUUAUAUCUGUGCAUGUCCAGGCCCACCCUCUUUAACAGUUCAAAACAUAUAACAUGAUUUGUUGAAAUAAAACCCUUGUCUCAACUGUU